AGGCGCUUUUACUACUAAAAUAAGCUGUAUUAUGCGUAGAGUCCUAUGGGAUAGAGUAGUUUUAGUAAUUGCACUUGGCAUUGCUAGUGGAGUUUACAUUUUUGAACCAAAAUAUUUGUUUGAAUAUAAUAAGAAAAUAAAAAAGUUAAAGAAGGAAGAAGAGGAGUCAUGAAAAAAUGGAUACAUCUACAUUCAAAAUUUUCUCUUGCAAUAAUAUUAAACCACCUGUAGAAGGAAGAUGUGGAUACUUUGUCAAAAGGAAACAACGCUUUUGUAAAAUGAUGCCUCCCAAGGGUCAAACGUAUUGCGCAGAACAUUUGUUUCAAGAAAAUAGUCAAAACGAUGCUAAAAGAAAAAGAAUUUUGUGUCCUUUGGAUAAAAAACAUUCGAUUUAUGAGGAUAAUAUUGACAAACACCUUAAAAAAUGCAAUGCAGCAAUCAAAAUACAGUUGCCAUAUUUUGAAAAAGACAUAAAUAUUGGAUUGAAAAAUUACAGCUAUAAUCAACAGGAGCAGUUAAAUCUUAGUGAAAUACCUGUUGAGAUACUUGUUGGUCUUAUUGAAAGAGUCAAAAAGUGCUUCUUAGAUAUUAGUAACCAACCUAUCAAAGAAAGUUUCAGCUUGCAUCCUAUUUUUAAUGAUGAACUUAGUAUUGCAUCAUAUGGUGCUACUGUUAAAAAGCAUCUUCUGCAACAGGCAUCUUUGAUAAAAAUUUUAGAAGAUAUGGAUUGCUUAAAUAAUGGAACAUCUGUUAUUGAAUUUGGAGCUGGAAAAGGUUCUUUUUCACACUGGGUACAAAAAACAAUGAGUAACAAAAAUGAUGUGAGUUUUUAUCUUGUAGACAGACAAAGCAACAGAAACAAGUUUGACUGUUACCAUAAAGGUGAACUACAAGGACCAAGGUUUCAGCGCUUAAACAUCGAUAUUCAACAUUUGAAUUUGGAAAAAGUGGAAUCACUAUGUAACUCAUCACAAAGUAUUGUUGGAAUUGGAAAACAUGUUUGUGGAGCAGCAACUGAUCUUACACUUAAAUGUCUUUUUGAUUCUUCAUCUAACAUAUCAGAAAAUGACGAGCCUCCAAAAAAAAGGAAAACGAAUUUGAAAUCUCGAGUUCAUUCGUGUUUAUUUGCUCUUUGUUGCUAUCACUGUUGCACGUGGCCAACUUAUGUAGGAAGAGACUUUUUUAUUCGUAUAGGUUUUACUGCAUAUGAUUUCAAUAUAAUCUCAAAAAUGGUGGGUUGGGCUACUUGUGGAUUUUCCAGGAGAAAAAUAAAAAAUGAAUCUGAAGGUGUUGAUGGUGUUGAAAAUGGUGUUGAUGGUGUUGAAAAUGGUGUUGAUGAACAUAGUUUAAAAAAGACAUAUAAAGAAGAAGAUAUUAAACUCAAGCUUACUUCAGAGGAGCAAGAAGAGAUAGGGCGUGUAUGCAAAAGGAUGAUUGAUUUUGGUCGCAUUGAAUAUGUCAAUUUUCAUGGUUACAAUGCUGAACUUGUUCAUUACAUAAGCAAUAGUAUUACACCAGAAAAUAUUGCUUUAAAAAUAACAAAACACUAAAAUAGGUUUUAUAGUAUAAUUAUAAUGACAACUAGUAUUCAUAUGGUUGUAAAAUAUUUAUUCUUAAAAAAAAAAUGAUUUCUGUGUUGUUGAUUAAA